ACAGUCUGUCUGGGACUCUUUCAGCUCACUUGAUACAGACACUGGGACUUCUCUCCAGUCAUGUCGCCUGUGUUUAUGUUGCUGUUGUUUGCGCUGCAGCCUGUUGCUGUGAUGACAGCCAACUCUGGAGACAUUCUGGUGAGAAAAAAAAGAAUGUGGAUUCCACCGCCAAAACAACUGACGGAAAAUGAAGACUACACUAAAGAUCCCUAUGUCGCAAUUAUUCAUUCAGAUUUUGAUGACGACACGGGGAAUAUUUUAUACUCUUUAGAAGGCAUUGGUGCAAACCAACAUCCCUUCCAUGUGUUUGUAGUCGACGCCGCAGAUGGAAACAUUCGUGUCACCAAAGUGCUUGACAGGGAAGACAUCGAUACGUACGUUCUAGCAGGUGUUGCCAAGUACAGGAACGGCACCCGUGCAGAGGACGACGUUGAAAUACGAUUCAAGGUUAUAGAUGAAAAUGACAACCCGCCAGUGUUUGGAGUCAUCCAGCCCGGAAAUGUGAACGAGUUAAGUCCUGCAGGGACUUCGGUUAUGACCAUAACUGCAACUGAUGCUGAUGAACCAGGUAAUAAGAACUCUCAGAUCGCCUACAGCAUCAUAGAGCAGAACCCAGAUCAUGACUUGUUCCACAUUACCAAGGAUGGGAACAUCAUUGUCAAAAACGCUGGCCUGGACAGAGAGAGGACAGAUCAGUACACUCUGACAGUGAGGGGUCAAGACUUAAACGGUGAACCAGGAGGGAACAGUGCAACUGGCAUGGUUACCAUUAAUAUCCUAGAUGUGAAUGACAACCCUCCCACUCUGGAAAAAGAGGAGCUGCAGCCUGUUGCUGUGAUGACAGCCAACUCUGGAGACAUUCUGAUUCAUUCAGAUUUUGAUGACGACACGGGGAAUAUUUUAUACUCUUUAGAAGGCGUUGGUGCAAACCAACAUCCCUUCCAUGUGUUUGUAGUCGACCCCACAGAUGGAUACAUUCGUGUCACCAGAAAGCUUGACAGGGAAGACAUCGAUACGUACGUUCUAGCAGGUGUUGCCAAGUACAGGAACGGCACCCGUGCAGAGGACGACGUUGACAUACGAUUCAAGGUUAUAGAUGAAAAUGACAACCCGCCAGUGUUUGGAGUCAUCCAGCCCGGAAAUGUGAACGAGUUAAGUCCUGCAGGGACUUCGGUUAUGACCAUAACUGCAACUGAUGCUGAUGAACCAGGUAAUAAGAACUCUCAGAUCGCCUACAGCAUCAUAGAGCAGAACCCAGAUCAUGACUUGUUCCACAUUACCAAGGAUGGGAACAUCAUUGUCAAAAACUCUGGCCUGGACAGAGAGAGGACAGAUCAGUACACUCUGACAGUGAGGGGUCAAGACUUAAACGGUGAACCAGGAGGGAACAGUGCAACUGGCAUGGUUACCAUUAAUAUCCUAGAUGUGAACGACAACCCUCCCACUCUGGAAAAAGAGGAGAUUCAUUCAGAUUUUGAUGACGACACGGGGAAUAUUUUAUACUCUUUAGAAGGCAUUGGUGCAAACCAACAUCCCUUCCAUGUGUUUGUAGUCGACGCCGCAGAUGGAUACAUUCGUGUCACCAAAAAACUUGACAGGGAAAACAUCGAUACGUACGUUCUAGCAGGUGUUGCCAAGUACAGGAACGGCACCCGUGCAGAGGACGACGUUGACAUACGAUUCAAGGUUAUAGAUGAAAAUGACAACCCGCCAGUGUUUGGAGUCAUCCAGCCCGGAAAUGUGAACGAGUUAAGUCCUGCAGGGACUUCGGUUAUGACCAUAACUGCAACUGAUGCUGAUGAACCAGGUAAUAAGAACUCUCAGAUCGCCUACAGCAUCAUAGAGCAGAACCCAGAUCAUGACUUGUUCCACAUUACCAAGGAUGGGAACAUCAUUGUCAAAAACUCUGGCCUGGACAGAGAGAGGACAGAUCAGUACACUCUGACAGUGAGGGGUCAAGACUUAAACGGUGAACCAGGAGGGAACAGUGCAACUGGCAUGGUUACCAUUAAUAUCCUAGAUGUGAACGACAACCCUCCCACUCUGGAAAAAGAGGAGCUGCAGCCUGUUGCUGUGAUGACAGCCAACUCUGGAGACAUUCUGGUGAGAAAAAAAAGAAUAUGGAUUCCACCGCCAAAACAACUGACGGAAAAUGAAGACUACACUAAAGAUCCCUAUGUCGCAAUUAUUCAUUCAGAUUUUGAUGACGACACGGGGAAUAUUUUAUACUCUUUAGAAGGCGUUGGUGCAAACCAACAUCCCUUCCAUGUGUUUGUAGUCGACGCCGCAGAUGGAAACAUUCGUGUCACCAAAGUGCUUGACAGGGAAGACAUCGAUACAUACGUUCUAGCAGGUGUUGCCAAGUACAGGAACGGCACCCGUGCAGAGGACGACGUUGAAAUACGAUUCAAGGUAAAAGAUGAAAAUGACAACCCGCCAGUGUUUGGAGUCAUCCAGCCCGGAAAUGUGAACGAGUUAAGUCCUGCAGGGACUUCGGUUAUGACCAUAACUGCAACUGAUGCUGAUGAACCAGGUAAUAAGAACUCUCAGAUCGCCUACAGCAUCAUAGAGCAGAACCCAGAUCAUGACUUGUUCCACAUUACCAAGGAUGGGAACAUCAUUGUCAAAAACGCUGGCCUGGACAGAGAGAGGACAGAUCAGUACACUCUGACAGUGAGGGGUCAAGACUUAAACGGUGAACCAGGAGGGAACAGUGCAACUGGCAUGGUUACCAUUAAUAUCCUAGAUGUGAAUGACAACCCUCCCACUCUGGAAAAAGAGGAGUAUGUGGGCAACAUUGUUGAGAACACGGAUAAUGUGGAGGUGAUGAGGAUCAAAGCAGAGGACCUGGACGUGAAAGACACUGAAAACUGGGAAGCUGUGUUUGACAUUGUCCAAGGCAAUGAGGCCGGAUACUUCAGCAUUAAAACUGACCCAAAGACCAACGAAGGCAUCCUAAUGCUCGACAAGGCAGUGAAUUAUGAGGACGUGAAGGACCUUGAACUAGGACUAGUAGUGAGGAACAAGGCUCCACUGCAUGAUGGAUCUGGGGCAAAUGGUGGCGCUGGUAUUGGUUUUGGAGAUGGAACAGGGGGAGGAGGAGGAGAUGGAGCAGGGGGGGCAGGUGGAGCAGGGGGGGCAAGUGGUGCAAGUGGGGGAGCCACUGGUGCAAGUGGUGCUGGUGCAGGAGGUGGGACUGGAGGAUCAUCAUGGCAAAGUGGGACCAGAUUUAAAACCUAUCCAAUCAAAAUCAAUGUAAAGAACCAGCCUGAGGGACCAAGUUUUGACCCCAAAGUCAAAGCUAUUCCCAUCUCAGAGGGAGGCCCCAUCGACACUAAUGAAGUGAUAGCUCACUACCCGGCAAUAGAUGAGGACACUGGGAAACCAGCUGAGAAAGUCAGCUAUGCCAAAGGCUCAGAUCCUGACAACUUGCUAACCAUCGACCCAGAGACGGCUGAGAUCAAACUGAACAAGAGGCCUGAUAGAGAAUCUCCAUACCUGGUCAAUGGGACAUACAUCGCAAAAGUGCUCUGCAUUUCAGACGACACGCCUGAUCAAACAGCCACCGGCACAAUAGCCAUCCAGGUGGAAGAUUUUAAUGACAAUUGCCCCACCCUGACCAGUAACGUCAAGACAAUGUGCACCACAGCUGAUGCUGUGAUUGUGAAUGCUAAAGAUGAGGAUAUGUUCCCUAAUGGACCUCCGUUUCACUUUGCCAUUAUCCCAGAAGGCACUAAGGGCAAAUGGCAGGUGGAGCAUUUCAAUGACACUGCAGCUAUUCUGAGGGCCCAGGAGACAGUGUGGCCUGGUUCCUAUGAAGUUGAACUUGAGGUGAAGGACCAGCAAGGCGAGGCCUGUCCAGAACCACAAAAAGUGACAGUGGAGGUUUGUACCUGUGACGAUGGAGUGGUGUGUGGAACAAGGAGUGCCAGCAAAGGAGCAGAGUUUGGACCUGCAGGCAUCGGACUGCUAUUCCUGGGCUUGCUGCUGUUAGCAUUACUCCUUCUGUUUCUGCUCUUCUGCCAUUGUGGGGGGGCUGCGGCUCUGGCUGGAGGCUUUACUGAGAUGCCUUUCGACACCAAAUCACACCUCAUUAACUAUCGCACUGAGGGUCAGGGAGACAACACGGAGGUCCCACUACUGAGCAUGCCAAUGCAAAGGGAUGGAAAUAUGGUCAGCGUUGGUCUAGGCUCCGCUAACAACACUUCAGCAAUGGCACCCAUGGCAGCAUUUGAUAUGCAGAAAUCCUUCACUACCAUGGAUGGGAGGAAUGGGGCCAACUACCAAGAAGGUUUUGCCAGUGGCAGGGAAGAAGCAUGGGGGGUGAUGAACCAGCCAAGCGGAAGUGGCUUCUACUCUGAAUUUGGGAGCAGAGAAUCAGGAGUUGGUGGAGGAAUGUUUGACAGCAUUGCUCUCCCAGACCACGUGCUGAGACAGUGCUACAAUGAGAAGAUGACCAGUUUAAAUGAAAACCUUGCAGCGAUCGAUGGUCCUUUAGCUCAUUUCUAUGAGGGCAACGGCUCCCUUGCUGGCUCAGUGGGUUGCUGCAGCCUCCUGGAGUCUGACAACGACCUGCAGUUCCUUGAAGACCUUGGGCCAAAGUUCAAGACCCUGGCUGAAGUUUGCGGAGGCAAGAAGAUCCAAACUGAAGUUGAAGAAGUGUACAUUCCUCGGCCCAGUGCCCACUCAAUCAACAUUCAGACCUCAGUAUCAAAUGCCCAACAGCUGGCCCCUCCACCGAAGCUGCAGCCCAGUGUCCCCAAACCAGAGCAGACUCUGGUCAGAGAGAAAUCUGAACAUUCUCAGGUGGUGAAGGAAAGCAUUGCCACGGCGAGGGAGGGGAUGACUACAGUGAAGGAAGGGAUGGCAAAUCAAGGCCAGAUGGUCCUGCUCCAGCCACAGCAGCAGCCUGUCUACUAUACCACUGCCCCUCUAAUGCAGCCAAUGCACUACGUAGUCCAGCCACAGGUUCAGAACACCAUGCUGCUGGCUGCGGCACCAGCCACCAAUAUGCAGAGCAUGGUGCUGCUUAAUGGUGGCCAGACUGGACCUGGCCAAGGCAUGGUUUUUCAGGAGCCGGCAGUUAUGUCCAGCGGACAAGCCCAGAGGUCCAGCAUGGUACUGGUGGAGAGAAGUGGGGUCCAGGCGGCCGCACAACCUCUCUGGUCCAACGUGAUCCACACUGGCAACCUCUCUGGCCCCCAGACCAUGAUGGUGGUCGAAGGCAAGGUCCCUGCUGGGUCAGUGAAAGGUCUGAAGGGGAGCCAGACAUGCCUUGUGCAGGGGGGCACUCUGCAGCCAGGAGGACCUUCAGGAUCUCAAAGGAUCCUGGUAGUUGGAGGGCCAAAAGGCAGCAUGGGGCAGCGGGUCCAGGGGACAGCAGGUUUGGCCCAGAAAUGUGAUAUCUCUGGCAGUCAAAGAGACCUCUACAGCACAUCCACUGGCUCUCACAGCAGCAUGUCGGGUUCCUCUACCACCACAGUGAGCACUACCCCGACCUCCCACAAGGUGGUGGUGCAGGAGAAAAUCACUGAAUUGUGAUGUGGGAGACACUUUUAAAAGUACUUCAAACGUCUGGCAAGGCAACCUUAAGUAUUUCUAUAGGAGACACUUAAUCACUUAAACACUUUAAAUGUCAGUUAAGGUUAAGGUGGAGGGUUAGGUUCAGGUUAAAACGCAGCACUCUUAGAGAGUGCUACGAAGGGCAUGGGCACAGGAGGAUCAUAUAGAUAAAAUCUCUUAAAAGUUCCUUCAACGAGAGGGAUUUUCUUUAAUAAAAGAUAUUAAAAAGGUGUCUCUUAUCUAUAAAAUAGUUAUAAGAGUGGUUUUAAAAGAUGGAGGCAGGAGAUUCGGGCGGAGGUUGAGGGAGCGAUCCAUUUCUUUGGUCAAUUAAAAUUAAUUUAAAAUUAAAUAAUAAAAGUGACUUUUUUUGCGAGCUGAUCCAGUUAGUUACCAGGAGGAGAUUAAAAGGUAUGAAAAUGGAGUAAAUCCGCAGCUAAAAAAAACUUUUUAGCAUGUAAAAAUAAAUAAGACAUACUAUAAGAAUAUAAAAUAAAUUAAAUUAAAUUAAAGGUAGGGUGGAGGGUUAGGGUAAGGGUUAGUGGAGGGUGUACUGCAGCAGUUUGACUAGGAAUUUAGCUACAUGUAGGUACCUGCAUUAUCAUGCCACAGCU